CUCACUAGCCAUAGCCCCCCCCUUGAUGUGAUCUCCAAAUAUUUUUUUUUCUUUUCUUUUCUUUUUUUUCUUCUCUCUUCCACUCAAAUUUUGUUUUCUUCUCCCCCCAAAUUCCUUUGCAGCUUCACUCGCCCAAUAAUCAUGUCGAGCAACAAAGGAAAAGAUGUAGCAGAAGCAUCGUCUUCUUCGGCUAAUAAUUCUGCUUCUGCUGCUGGCGACGAUCAUCAACAACAGCAGAAGCAGCCGCCGGCUCAGCUGAGCCGGUACGAGUCACAGAAGAGGAGGGAUUGGAACACAUUCGGGCAGUACUUGAGGAACCAGAGACCCCCGGUCGCUCUUUCGCAGAGCAACUCCAACCAUGUGCUCGAUUUCCUCAGGUACUUGGACCAAUUUGGGAAGACCAAGGUGCACUUACAAGGGUGCGUGUUCUUCGGGCAGCCCGAACCUCCCGGACCUUGCACCUGUCCGCUCAGGCAAGCUUGGGGCAGCCUAGAUGCACUGAUCGGACGGCUCAGAGCUGCAUAUGAAGAGAAUGGUGGGUUGCCUGAAACUAACCCAUUUGCAAGUGGAGCUAUAAGAGUGUAUCUGCGUGAAGUGAGAGACUCUCAGGCCAAGGCAAGAGGGAUUCCGUACAAGAAGAAGAAGAAGAAGAGGAAUCUGAUCAAGGCCAACCAUGAUAACAGUAGUAAUCCAAACUUCACCACCAUGCAGCAGCGAUCUUAAUCGAUCCACCUCAACAAUAUAUGGCGCCUAAACCCAAAUGCACCAUCAAGCCUUGGAGCUCUACUGUUCUGGAUAUAUUAUGCAAUACUCAACUCCAUGCAUAUGCUACCUUUCUUGAUCCGCAGAUGUGAAAAUGCAUAUGCUACCUUUGAUCAAGUCAAUCCUUGUUUAUUUUCUUUAAAUUAGCACUUGUUUAUUAUUAAUUUCAAUGAGAAUUAAGACGUGAAGUGUCAGUAAAGAUGAAGCUGCACUGGAGAUGAGUAAGUAAGUUCCCUUUACAACUUUCUUGUAGGUUAUUUAGUCAGCAAAUUAAUGUCAUAUAUAUGUUUAAGUUUAUAUUUACCAUGAACAUAUAUCAUCAACUCUCUCGAUUGAUGCAAGAGUACUAUAUAUUGUGCUUCAAUA